AUGGCCGACGUAGGUGGUUGGAGCACCAUCGAAUCCGACGAGGGUCUCUUCACCUCUCUCAUCGAGACACUAGGUGUCAAAGAUGUACAAUUCGAAGAACUCAUCUCCAUAGAUGCCGACACAAUACGCUCACUUGGACCAGUCUACGGCGUCAUCUUCCUCUUCAAAUGGACCAAAGAAACAGCCGGUGCUCGUCCCGAAGCACCCCUAGACGGAACCUACGACCCCGAAGCCUCGAUCUUCUUCGCAAACCAAACAAUCCAAAACGCCUGCGGCACUCAAGCAAUCCUCUCCAUAAUCCUAAACAACGAUAACCCACCCUCUCUACAACCCAUAACCCUCGGCACCGAACUCUCAACCUUCAAAGAAUUCACCUCCGGCUUUCCACCCGAUAUCCUGGGCGAAGCGCUCUCGAACAGCGAAGCAAUUCGCAGCGCCCAUAACAGCUUUGCGCGCGCGAGUCCCUUCGCCGACGAAACAGCUCGACCUGAUGAACCGUCCGGAGACGCUUACCAUUUCAUUGCGUACACGAAUGUUAACGGGACUUUGUACGAGCUUGAUGGAUUGCAGCCGCAUCCUAUUAGUCAUGGGGCUUGUGGGGAUUUCGCGGUGCAGGUUGCUGAUGUGUUGAGGAGGAGGGUGGAGAGGUAUCCGGAGGGUGAGACGGGGUUUAAUCUUAUGGCUGUUGUUAGGGAUCCGAGGGGGAGGGCGAGGGAGAUUGGGGAUUCGGAAACGCUUGAGAGGGAGGAGAGGAAGAGGGGGGCUUGGGACUGGGAGAAUACGCUAAGGAGAUGGAAUUUUGUGGGCUUUAUUGGGGAGAUGAUGAAGGGGGUUGUUAGUCAGAAGGAGAGUGGGGGAGGGAAGGAGUAUGAGGCUUGGGUUGAGAAGGCUAAGGGGGAGACGCAGAAGAAGUUGGAGAGGAGGUGA